AUGGGCGACCUUCCACCCGAGGCCGAGGCCCCGUUCCCUCUCACCGAUGUGGACAAGUGGGUUCUCUCACAGACGGAUGAGGAGUACAAGUAUCACGACUGGAAUGAGUUACGUCAAAUUAUAGGGGAGAACAACCUUUCCGUGUUGAAGCGUAAACCAUCAGACCUCCGCAAAUACAUGAAAUGGACGGCGGAGACGAAAGCCGAGUACGGAUCUAUGACCCAGUAUCUGCUCGUCCAUCGCCUCCCAAAGGCCUGGGGCGUCCCUCCUUUCACGCCACGCUCGAGUACGCCAUUUAAUGACCCUUCUGACUACCGCGUACUGGUGAAUGACUGGCCGUACGGUCUCACACCUGACAUAUCACACAUUGUGGUCUGGUCAAGAACCAGCAUUGAGACGGAUCCGGUGACGGGUGACAUGACACCCAGGAGUCGACAGACAAUUGAGGAUUUUGUGAAGCGAUUCUUUAUUGACAGGCUCGACCCGGACGGGGAGGAUCGAGUCUUGUGGUUCAAGAACUGGGUCGCACUUCAAAGCGUCCGCGCCCUGGAGCACAUCCACGUCAUGGUCCGCAACGCCAGCCCCGAGCUUCUGGCCGAAUGGGCACAGGAACUGGAUUGCCACCGCUUGCCAUAG